ACUGAAACGAGAAAUGUCAUUAAAAGUUUGAUCCGAGUUGAUUGCGUUUCUAUCUGCAUUUAUUCUGUCAAGCUAGCUCAGCUGAUAUCAAGCUGCAAGUGUCUAUCUAUUUCAUGGAUAACUACGCGUAUGUCCGUGGCCAGGAAACUGAUAAAGCAGGGAUGAGCGCUGCAACUGCAGGACAUCCCGCCGACCCCGGGGCUGCCAGCAAUCCCUACGAGAAACUCUAUCACUAUGACGACGAUGACUACUAUGACCCUCACUGUUUCUUCUCCUCCGGACUCGCACAGAACAGGAAGAGACUAGGUUUUAUCGCUACUUGUUCAACUGUCCAGUGUAAAGACGCUGGUUCCGCUGGUUAUGAUCCGCUUCUGCCCUUUAAAGAGGAUCUAGCUGAGUGGCUCUACAAAAUGAUUAGAGCAGAGAUUCAGCCUAAUCGAUUCUUCCCGGAGCUACAGUCCGGAGUACAUCUGUGUAAGUUGGGUAUCCACAUGCAGAGGAUGGCAGUAAAGUACAGGAAGGAGCACCCCGAGGAUACCUCACUGGUACCCUCCAAACCUCCCAGUCUCAAGUACGCGAAUGCAACAAGGAAGUCCCCGCCGUUUUACUGCCGGGACAACAUAAGUAACUUUUUGGAUUGGAGCAUUGAGUUUGGAGUAAAACACUCUUGCCGAUUUGAAACGGAUGAUCUUACGUUGAGGAAAAAUGAUCGACAGAUAAUACUACAUUUGAUGGAAGUCGGGCGUUUGGGAGUGAGGCACGGCAUUGAGCCUCCUACUCUUAUCAAAAUAGAAAUGGAACUGGAAGAACCGCUUCCCGAACCAGAGCCUGAACCUGAACCUGAGCCAACCCCAGAAGAACCCAAACCAAAACCUAAGAAGGGUGUGUCCUUCUUGGAUGAACAGGUACAAGCUUGUGCAGCGGAGUGUAACUGCUCUAUUCCUUUCACAGUAAACAGAGUAUCUGAAGGUCGCUACAAGGUCGGUGAAGGAAGGUCUAUAGUGUUUGUGAGAGUGCUGAGAUCUCAUGUGAUGGUGAGAGUUGGUGGUGGUUGGGAAACACUCUCAGCUUACUUCAGCAAGAUGGACCCCUGCAGAGCUCCUAUGGAUUCGUUCGGUGGGAAAUCUCCAACUGGAAAACUGAAACAAAGAUUCGAGAGUAACGAGGAAGAACAGCCCGCACCGAGAAGAGAGCCAACCCCUCAAAGAGAACCAGAAAGAGAAGUAGAAGAGGACAGUGCUCCUGCUCCAGUAGUGAGCGAGACAUAUGCACCAGUCCCAGCUGCUGUACCCCCAGCCAAACCAAAGCGACCUGCAACCUCUCCUUCUCCUGCUGCUAUAGCUGCCACUGCUGAUCCCAUGAGGAAAGCAACUCCACCUAGAACAAGAUCACCGACAAAGUCUCCGCUGAGACCGUCUGCUAGCACUCCAGCACCACGAGCAGCUAGUCCUAAGAAAACACCUGUCAGAGCAUCUCCUUCUGUCUCUAGAGAAUCUCUCAUCAGUCCUACUCCUCGUCCCAAUUCUAUUAGAGAGCCGAUCAUUACCCCACGACAAACGAAAGCCUCAUUGCUAAGGACAUCCUCGCCUUCUGCCAUCAAAACACCGUCCCCUGCUAAUCCGCUUUCACCCACCGGAUCUGGACCGGGAGGAAUUUCCCAUCCUCCCUGGAAGAACGUUCCUAACAGCCGCUCUAAUCUAUCCAGAUCCGCCAGUACCCCGCAAAGGCCGGCCAGCAGAACAUCUGGGGAGGCCGGACCUUCGACUCCAAAUUUUCAGCAGCCAAACCGCGCUUCUACCUUAGAUAGGAAGGAGCCACCAACGCAGAACAAGAGACUGAUCCCUGUUGGUGGCAAGAACCUGCCAAAGUCUGAUCAAUACAACCGGGCAACUCAGAGGGUUUCUGGCAAACCCAAAAUAACAUCGCCUGAACUGAUUCGCCGAGCUAUGGAGAUCAUGAAGGACAAUGGCGAAGUUGAAGACGAAGAGAAAGUUGUAAGGUCACCCACUGAUCCAGCACUAAUAGCAGCAAUAGAAGAAAUAGCAGAAGAGCAAUACCAGUGUGAGGCUGGCGAAGCAGUUGAUGUUGAUGUUGAGAACCUUCCAGAAGCUGGGGAACCUGGCCCUCUUCCUGAGCCCUCUGUUCCGAUUCCAGAACCUUCUGUCACCGAUCUAGCUCCAGAUUCUGGGGUGGAUACUCUUGCGGAAUCUAAACCUGCCAAGGUUACAGAGAACGCAACGGUUGGAGACUCAUCUGUUCCUCAUUUGUCAGGAGGGGACACCUUGCAGGAUAUCUCCGACAUGAUAACUGAUGACCAGGAUCGCUCGGAGAUGGAUCAGUUAGAGGAACUGCCCAGUGAUGAUGCAGGGUUUGACGUGCAAGACAUUCCCUCACAAGAACUUGUAAUCGAACCUAUUGGGCUGUACUAUGAGGACGAUGCUACUGAAGAAUUUGAACCCACUAUUGAAGCAGGGUCUGUGACUGAGGUUGCAUCUGAAGCACCGCUCCCAUUUGAGCUUAUAUCUCAACCUGAAGCAGAGCCUCAAGUAACUGAGCCAGAAGCAGAACCUCAAGUUGUCAAAGCAGAAACCCAGCCUGAAACUGAACCCCUUGCUCGUGCUUCUGCUGAACCGGCAGACUCUGACUACGAGGGAGGCACCACUGAGGACGAACUGAACGAAGCAGUUGGAGCUGAUAAUUAUGCCUCAAAAAUGGGGGAGGCUAGACAUGAUAGCUUGAGUUCAGCAAACAGUGGCCAAGUGACAGGAAAAGAUAUUCCAGUUGAUGGACCGCAGCGAGAUGGAAACGUCUUUGUCGCUGUCACCAUCUCAUCUCAAUACCCCGCCGAACAUCGACUGGCUGUAACCCACGAAGUUGAUGUAGACAUUUCUGAGGAUGGAGAAAAGGAAACAACCGUAGAGUUUUUGGAUCCUUCAGAACUGCUGGGGUCGAUAACAGAGCGACAUGAGCCCGAGGAAGGAAAAGAGGAAGAGGAGGUAACUGAGUUGCUUCUUCCGACUGAGGAAAUUGAAGAAGAGGAAUUAGAAGAAGAGGAUCUUGUUGAGCAAGGACAGGAAGAUGAAGAGCAGUGGGAGGACGAGUUAGACGAGGUGGAAGAGGCUGAAGAUGCUGAGAAACAUAUUUAUGUAGCUGACGUUGAGUCUGGUUACGACGUUUCCGAGCAACUCCAGGCUAUGAAUGAAGUCGAACUUGCCAUAUCUGAAGGCGAAGAGCUAGAGGACGAACCAACACCCGUAAUAACGGAGUCUAUGAUAAAGAGAAUGGAAGAGUAUAUGCGAGCGAAAUCUGAAGUGGAAGAUUCGAUCGAAGAAUUUGAGAAAAAUGUUAAGGCCGAAGCUGUUGAUGAUGAGCAAGAAGAGUCUGGCGAAGUUCUUGAAGUGGAUAACAUAGACAAUCUUGAAGAAGAACCAAUAGAAGAACCAAAGGCUGAAGUUUAUAACGUUGAUAAUCUUGAAGAAGAGCCAGAAAAAAAGCUUAAGGCUGAAGUGGAAAACAUAGAUGAUCUUGAAGAGGAGCCAUUUAAGGAACUCAAAGCUGAAAUAAAUAAGGUAGAUGACAUUGAAGAGGAACCAGUAGAAGAGUCCAAGGUCGAAGCGAGUAAAGUCGAUAAUCUUGAAGAGGAGUCAGUAGAAUUAGAGCCCAAGGUUGAAACGGAUAAAGUUGAUAACAUUGAAAAAGAGCAGGCAGCAAGCCUUCUUGAAGUAACAAGGCGCCUAGAAGUUCUGGAGUCAAUCACAAAACGUCAAUUACAACUUGAGAGUGCUAAGGAGGACCUAGAAGAGUCUAUAAAAGAAUUCCAGAGAACCACAAGUAAAAGUGAUGAAGACCGUGAACCAGUUUUAGAGGUUGUUGAUUUGGAACCAGUGGCUGAAGAGCCAUCUGCUGAAGCAUUUCCAGCUGCUGUUUCAGAAGAUAUUACUGUUGUAGGAACACUUCCAGGACCGAUCAUGAUUGAGGAAGGAAGUGCAAGCAGCGGAACCGCGAGUCCACCCACAGUUAUUGCAGAAAAAGUUGAACCAGAAACUUCAUCGUUUGCUGAGAAAGUGAAAAGACUUGAGCAUAUGAUCAAGAAACAUCCGAUGAAGGUCCCUCGGCCGUCCGAUGAAUCUGACCAAGGUGUGGUUGAAGUUGAUAAUAUUGCUGUAAAAGACAUAUUUACAGAACUUCCAACUGUCCUAAUGGAAGAAAUUCAGCCUGUUAAAUCAACAGUUUCUAACAUUGAGAAGAAAGAAAAAGAUGAUCUCCCGCCGCCUUUAAAACCCAUAGGAGAUCAAUACGAAGAUUUUGAACCGUCAAAACUGGAAGAUGUCCUCGCUGAAAGUAUGGAACACAUUCCAGCUCCUAUCGACGAAACUUUCCUUGUCGAAGAAGUCAUUGAAGUGAAACCAAUGGCCGAAGAGCUUGUCGUCGAAUUAUCAGAAGCUCAGAAAGAACCUGUAGCAGAAGAAACUAUUGUGGUACCGGCGAAGGUGCCCAUUGCCCCUGUUGAGGCGGAGAAGACAGUUGUCGAGGCAGAAGACCAACCUGAAUUGCAGCACGUCAAAAUGUCGAAACCCCCAGAAAAGGUAGAAGAAGUUGUUGUCAAGGAGCAGUUCAAAGAAGCAUCUCCUCCUCCUAAAGCUAUUGAGGUCGAGCCAAAAGAUGAUUUGGAGAUUGAAGAUUUAGAAGUAAUACAAGAAGCUGAGGCUGACGAAGAAGGAGCAAUAGCAGAGCACCCCUUGUCAGAGGGAGAGGAGGUGGUUAUGAAACCUGAGAAAACACCCCUUCCGAACAACAGUACUCUUAACUUGGCUCCUAGGAGAUAUUCCUUUGAAGCCGAGAAAUCAGAGGAAGAAAAAGAGGGUCCAGCACGGAGUAGCAAGAGAUCAAUGAACAGCAGUGGUCACACUUCAGACUCAGACCGAUCCACAUCUUCGGAGAAAGGUGUGUCAGAUACAUCGUCUGGAUAUCACGAGGAUUACGAGACGAGCGACGGGGACGAACUGGGAACGAGUUAUGAUAAAGUCCCCGAUGUUAUUAUGGAACAGGAUCAACAUACAAGGUCUAUUCUAAAAGGAUCAGUGAGGGAGUCGACAGAUUCUGGUAUUGCCAGUGGUAAACAGUCACUCUCUUCCACUCCUUCCCUACCGACUAAACAACGCAUGAAGUCAGAAGAUGACGAUGUGUUUGAAGAGGAGCGAGCCAAGGGUCUAAACCUCCCUACUGAGGGUCACGUCCGUGAAGCUGUGUUUACUAAAGCUAUCGAGAGUGCAAUUAAACCUUUAGCUUGGGGUAUUCAGAUACCCAACAUGGGAGAACUACAGUCCGCCUCAAUUGUAUUACCAUCGAAGAAGGCUAUUAGGAAGGCAAGUGAUGGUGAAUAUGACUAUCAUGGAAGAAGAAACAAUUUGCAAAAAGUGAUUUCGAAACCACACACAGAAAAAACAGACAUGGAAUGGGACGAGAGAGACCAAGCAAGACAUCAGGACAAAAUGGACGGUCAGACGAGAGAUGAGAAAGUUCACAAAUGGUCCGGGACACUCCGGUCUUCUCAGAAGAAAAAGAAGCCAUUCCGGACGAAAAAGUAUGAUGAAGAUGAUAUUUUGAACGCUAUUUCUCAACAAGCUACAGCAGUUAGAGCAAAGAACACGUGUCCUGUUCACAAUGCAGGACCUCCAGUGACUGGCCCCCCUAAGAGGAGGCCGGCACAAAGACCGGGAACUGCUCCAGCUAGGAAAUCAGCCCCGACGUCCCGCCCCGCCACUGCACGCCCCACUUACGCUGCUGCCGCCGCCUCAAACCCUAAAACUACCAAUGUCAAAGCAGCUAAAGUAGAAACUCGUCGACCAUCAUCUAGCAGCGUACCGGCCAGUAGGCCAGUAGAGCGAGGCUCUAAAGCUAUCGCAGUCAAGCCAGCAUCUCGCACUUCAAAUCCCCAAGAAGUAAAGUCCCUCUCAACAGGUCCCAAGUCAGGACCGAUGAAUCCCGGGACAUCUAAGCCAGUUCUCCAAACCACCAAGAGCACCCCUAUUAGACGAACAGGAUCCCUCAGGGAAGGAGAAAGGGCGCCCCUCAAGUUAUCAAACAGUUUACCUCGAGAUAAAAUACGACAUGGACCCAAAUGUACAGAUCUUCCCUGAGCUUCAAUAACGCUGUUGCAGUGACCGGAACGAUAGAGUAGAGUACUCCGACAGAAUAUAGAUAUACUGUUGUUAUAGCAACAGUUGUUAUAGCAACAGUU